AUGUAUGCAGAUGACACUAAUCUUACAUAUUCUGGUAGCGAUACAAACACUAUUCAAUUUCAUCUUAACGAAGACUUGGAAAACAAUGAAUGGUUAAUAUCAAAUAAACUUACUUUAAAUAUGACUAAAACUGAGUACAUGUUAAUUGGGUCGAGACAACGUUUAAGUACUCUUUCUGACAAUCCUUCUUUUGAAAUAAAUGGAAUUCCUUUAGAUCGAGUUUCGACAACAAAAUCACUUGGUGUCUUAUUAGACGAAAAUCUUACUUGGAGUAGUCAUAUCAAUAAAAUGACAAAACGAAUUGCUUCUGGUAUCGGUGCUAUUAAGCGGUUGAGGUCAUUUGUUUCAUUGAAAACAUUGCAUGUUAUUUACCAAGCUCUAAUACAACCCCAUUUUGAUUAUUGUAAUGUCGUGUGGGGAAAUUGUGGGAAAACUUUAUCUAACAAACUUCAAAAACUUCAAAACCGUGCAAUGCAGGUGUUGACUUUUCCAACUUUGACGCCGAUGCCAAUAGCUUAUUGGAAAAGCUAGGGUGGGAUGAUCUAAACCAACAACGCCAAUUUCAAAAAGCAUUGAUGGUUUUCAAAUCUUUAAAUAACCUUGCACCCGAAUAUCUAUGUUCUAAAUUUACUAAUCGCAAUAAUGUAACUUCUUAUAUACUUCGAGACUCCGUGAACAAACUUGCUGCUCCUUUACCCCGCACCAAUUAUCUUAAAAAUAGCUUUAGCUAUAGUGGUGCAGUGUUAUGGAACAGCUUACCUAGCAAUAUAAGACAAGCGGAAUCUCUUACUGAAUUUCGACAAUUGUUGAAACAUCAUAUUCGAUAGACACGGCAUUCAUGGAAAACAGGUAUAAAUAUUAAUGUAACAUAGGCGUGAAAAAUUUUUUAAACUUAUUAAUGUAUAGAUAACUUUUUUGUAAACCUGAUGAAGCUACCGUGCUUAAAUAAAGAUUUGACUGACUGACUGACUGACUGACUGACUGUUGCGGUCAAACCUUGGUUAAACCUCACGGUCACCGCUGUUUAACCCCAAAAUUACCGCGGUAUAACCUCCGUCAAACCUUUAAAUCACCGCGGUCACACCGCGGUCACACCACGGUCAAACCGAGGUUCAAACGAGGUUAAACCGCGGUUCUUGUUAGGUUAUUUCUGAGCGGUACUGUACCUCUCACUGAGGACAAGGUUCCCAAAGCUGAGGACAAGGUGCCUCACCCUGAGGACAAGGUACCUCAAACUGAGGACAAGGUUCCUCAUUCUGAGAACAAGGUUCCUCAAGCUGAGGAUAAGGUACCUCACACUGAGGACAAGGAUCCUCAAGCUGAGGACAAGGAUCCUCAAGCUGAGGACAAGGUACCUCACACUAAGGACAAAGCUGCUAACGCUGAGGACAAAUAGCAAAUAGCAAAUAAAAACUUUUGCGAGAUCUCUUUAACCUAUUAACUUUAUAUAUUAAACACAGGGGCGAAACUAGCGCCUUUUAAUUAGGGGGGUGUCUGGCAGAAUUGCCCUGCCAAAAAGUACAAAAAAAAUUUUUCCGGAAAAAUUAUUUUGGCGACGUCCCCGAUGGAAUAUUGCCCCCGCCCGGUACGCCUAUGUGCUAUCAUUUAUUUAUAAGAGACCUUUGAUUGCCCUGCCAAUCGGGACGAUUCGUAUUUUGGGAGGGGGUGUAACACCCCCCACACCCCCCUCAAGUUUCGCCCCUGAUUAAACAACAGGAAUUCACAUUUGUAUACAGUACAUUGGGAAGUGUUCUAGUUACCGUAGUCUACUCAAUGUCAGGGCCGUAGCAACCGGGGGGGCUGGGGGGCUGCAGCCGCCCCCCAAUAAUUUGCUAAUAAUCAUUCUUUUUUCAAAAUCAUGCAAACUUUAUCAUUUAAUCUGUGACAAACUGCAAAGAAUGAAGAUAUUACUCAUACUCCAGAUCGUUCCUCGCGUAGAAAUUUUAGCUGAAUUUCUGUCGUGCAUUUUCAAGAAAAUCCCACAAAAUCUGCACAUUUUUGAUGAACUAAUGAUUUAUUUUGUCUUUUGCGUGUUGGGUCUUGCGAAAGAAAACUCUGAAAAUGCCAUUUCAGAUCAUCUAGAGACUCCAGAUUUUCGAAAUUUUCUCAAAUGUUCUGCCUUCAUUUCCGCGCAACUGCCAUUUACGACGAAAAUUCCUGCCGCGCAUUUAUAAUACUACAGUCUGGCCCAUACUUUCCUGUAAAUUUCGACAUACUAAAACGCUGUUUUCUGACUAUCAGAAUUCUGUUAAAUCUUCCCCCAAAGUCCAGAAAAUGGCAUUUUAGAGACUCUAAAUCUAAAAAUUUCCUCGGGCCUUCGGCCCUCGCUUUCAGCCCCCCCAAUCGAAAAGAGCUCCCUACGGCCCUGGAUGUACUGUCAUGCAUUAUGUUUGGACAUAGUUGAAUUAUGUUCAAGAGUCGGGCGGCGUGUUACAACAUUUCAAUCUCGGAGAUUUUUCGGGGAAUCUGACUAAACUAGUGAAGAAUCGUGGUAAGCCAAUGCUGCCAACGUACGCGCACCUAUCAACAUUACCGUACAGUACAUUAUCUACAUGACGGGGGGGGUCACUAAGAUUUCUGCUCUAAUCUAGGGGUGGGCCAACUAAAUUUAUUGUCACAAUUUGGGGGUGGGUCACUGUAAACCAGUCUUUAAAAAAUCAAUUUUCAUAGCCCCCCCCCCCCCCCUCUACUUUAUGACCGGUCCCUGAGGACAAGGUUCCUCACGGUGAGGACAAGGUACCUCACACUUAGGACAAGGUACCUCACGCUGAGGACAAGGUCCCGCACACUGAGGACAAGGUACCGCACACUGAGGACAAGGUCCCGCACACUGAGGACAAGGUUCCUCACACUGAGGACAAGGUUCCUCACGCUGAGGACAAGGUUCUUCACGCUGAGGACAAGGUUCCUCACGCUGAGGAGAAGGUACUUCACAAUGAGGACAAGGUAGCUCACACUGAGGACCAGGUCCCUCACACUGAGGACAAGAUUCCUCACGCUGAGGACAAGGUCCCUCACGCUGAGGACAAGGUUCCUCAAGCGGAGGACAAAGUACCUCACACUGAGGACAAAGUACCCCACACUGAAUACAAGGUUCCUCACUCUGAGGAUAAGGUUCCUGACGGUGAGGACAAGGUUCCUCACGGUUAGGACAACGUUCCUCACGCAGAGGACGAGAUUCCUCACGCAUAAGACAAGGUUCCUCACGCUGAGGACAAGGUGCCUCACACUGAGGGCUAGAUUCCUCACGCUGAGGAAAAGGUAUCUCCCGCUGAGGGCAAGGCACCUCACACUGCGGACAAGGUACCUCAGACUGAGGACAAGGUUCCUCACGCAGAGGUCAAGGUUCCUCACGGUGAGGACAAGGUACCUCACACUUAGGUCAAGGUACCUCACACUGAGGACAAGGUUCCCCACGCUGAGGACAAGGUUCCUGACGGUGAGGUCAAGGUUGCUCACGCAGAGGACCAGGUUCCUCACGCAGAGGACAAGGUUCGUCCCGCAGAGGACAAGGUUCCUCACUCUGAGGACAAGGUACCUCACACUGUGGACAAGGUUCCUCACGCUGAGGACAAGAUUCCUCACGGUGAGGACAAGGUAGGUCACACUGAGGACAAAGUUUCUUACGCUGAGUACAAGGUUCCUCAAGCUGAGAACAAAGUAACUCACGCUGACGACAAGGUACCUCACACUGAGAACAAUGUUCCUCACGCUGAGGACAAGGUUCGUCACGGUGAGGACAAGGUUUCUCACGCUGGUGGCAAGGUUCCUCACGCUGAGAACCAGGUUCGUCACGCGGAGGACAAGGCAUCUCACCCUGAGGACAAGGUUCCCCACUCUGAGGACAAGGUUGCUGCCGGUGAGGACAAGGUUGCUCACGCGGAGGACAGGGUUCCUCACGCAGGGGACAAGGUUCGUCACGCAGAGGACAAGGUCCUCACUCUGAGCACAAGCUACCUCAAACUGUGGACAAGGUUCCUCACGCUGACGACAAGGUUCCUCAAGGUGAGGACAAGGCACGUCACACUGAGGACAAGCUUCCUCAAGCUGAGGAAAAUGUGCGUCACACUGAGGACAAGGUACGCCACACUGAGGACUAGGUUCCUCAAGCUGGGGACAAGGUAACUCACACUGAGGCCAAGGUACCUCACACUGAGGACAAUGUUCCUCAUGCGGAGGAAAAGGUCCCUCAAUUGGAGGAAAGGUACUUCACACUGAGGACAAUGUACCUCGCGCUGAGGACAAGGUCCCUCACGCUGAGGACGAGGUUCCUCCUGCUGAGGACAAGGUACCCCACACUGAGGACAAGCUAGCUCACACUAAGGACACGGGUCCUCACGCUGAGGACAAAGUUGCUCUGGCUGAGGACAAGCUUCCUCACCCUGAGGACAUGGUCUUCACGCAGAGGACAAGGUUCCUCAAACUGAGGACAAGGUUCCUUACCCUGAAGACAAGGUACCUCACACUGAGGAAGAGGUAACUCACACUGAGGACAAACUUCCUCACGCUGAGGUCAAGGUUCCUCAAGCUGAGAACAAGGUACCUCACACUGAGGACAAGGUACCUCACACUGAGGACAAGGUUCUUCACACUGAAGACGAGGUUCCUCACGCUGAGGACAAGGUUCCUCACGUGGAGGACAAGGUUCCUCACACUGAAGACAAGGUUCCUCAAGAUGAGGACAAGGUACCUCACACUGGGGACAAGGUUCCUCACGAUGAGGACAAGGUUUCUCACGCUGAGGACAAGGUUCCUCAGGCUGAGGACAAAGUUUCUCACGCUGAGGACAAGGUUCCUUACGGUGAGGACAAGGUUCGUCACGCUGAGGACAAGGAUCCACACGCUCAAGGCAAGGUUCCUUGCGCUGAGGACAAGGAACCUCACACUGAGGACAAAGUACCUCACACUGAGGACAAAGUACCUCACACUGAGGACAAGGUUCCUCACGCUGAAGACAAGGUACCUCACACGUAGGACAAGGUUCCUCACGCUCAGGACAAGGUUCCUCACGAUCAGGCCAAGGGUUUCCGAAAUUUUCAAGAAAAUUUUCAUUUUUUCGGCGAAUCCGAAAUUUCCAUGAAAAUUUUCAUUUUUUCGCCAAAUCCGAAAUUUUCAAGAAAAUUUUCAUUUUUUUCUAAAUCCGAAAUUUUCCAGAAGAUUUUCAUUUUUUGAUCAAUCCGAAAUUUUCAAGAAAAUUUUCAUUUUUUCCCCAAAUCAGAAAUUUUCAAGAAACUUUUCAUUUUUUCUCCAAAUCUGAAAUUUUCCAGAAAAUUUUAACUUUUUCGUCAAAUCCGAAAUUUUCAAGAAAAUUUUCAUUUUUUCGCCAAAUCCGAAAUUUUCAAGAAAAUUUUCAUUUUUUCGGCAAAUCCAAAAUUUUCAAGAAAAUUUUCAUUUUUUUCCAAAUCCGAAAUUUUCCAGAAGACUUUCAUUUUUUCGCGAAAUCCGAAAUUUUCAAGAAAAUUUUCAUUUUUUCCCCAAAUGAGGACAAGGUUCCUCACGCUGAGGAAAAGGUUCCUCACGCUGAGGACAAGGUACCUCUCACUGAGAACAAGGUACCUCACGCUGAGGGCAAUGCUGCUGACGCUGGGGAGAAACUUCCUCAAGCGGAGAAAAAGGUACCUCACACUGAGGACAAGGUACCUCACACUGAGGACAAGGUUCCUCAUGCUGAGCACAAGGUUCAUGACGGCGAGGACAAGGUUCCUCACGCUGAGUUCAAGGUUCCUCACGCUGAGGACAAGGUACGCCACAGUGAGGACAAGGUUCCUCACGCCGAGGACAAGGUACGUCACACUGAGGUCAAGGUACCUCUCACUGAGGAAAAGGUAAAUUCUGAUGACAAGGUUCCUCAAGCUGAGGACAAGGUACCUCACACUGAGGACAAGGUUCCUCAAGCUGAGGACAAGGUACGUCACACUUAGGACAAGGUACCUCACACUGAGGACAAGGUUCCUCACGCUGACGACAAGGUUCCCCAAGCUGAGGACAAAGUACCUCACACUAGCGACAAGGUUCCUCACGAUGAGGACAAGGUUUCUCACGCUGAGGACAAGAUUCCUCAGGCUGAGGACAAAGUUUCUCACGCUGAGGACAAGGUUCCUCACGGUGAGGACAAGAAUAGAAUAGAAUAGAAUAGAAUAGAAACUUUAUUUCACGAGGGAAAACGUAUUAACCGUAAAAAGUUAUCUAACAUGCGGCCCUCGCACUAUUUUGAUAUUUACAGGCAUAAAAAGUAUUAAGGAUUACGACUAUUUACAUUUGAGAAAAAAAUAAUUAGUAAUGAAUACAAUUACAAUUUAGUAAAUAUUUACAAUUUAUACAAAAUAGAUCUUCGAUAUGGUUAGUAAGGGUAAGCUUGUUAAGAAAGAUUUUACGAAUUUUUUGUUUGGCGUUAGUAUAUGAAGAGCAAGAUGGCGAAGCAGCAAGUUGCUUACAAUCGCUAUCUAAGCAAUUAAAAAGAAUGGAAGCACUGUACAGAAAUGUUCGUUUACCAGAGUCAGUACGCGGGAAGGGGGGUUGA